GCGGGACCAAGCAGGGGCGGGGGUGGCGGCCCGGCCGCCGCUGGUGUGUUGUGUGUGUUUCAGUGUCUCCAACGCUGUUUCGGGCAGCAAGACUAAGGAGACGUCAAAGCGGGAAAGAAGCUUCGUAGCCCAGCAUUCCGGUAUGACAUGAAUUAUGGCAUUUCUUAAAUGAAACAUUCAGGAAUGAAGUGAAAGUGAUAACCUAUAGAAAAGAAAUGAUUUUUAAGUUAUGUCUGUUAAUUUGACUAUAGAUAUAUAUAUUUACCUCCUUAGUAAUGCAAGAAGUAUUUUUGGGAAACAGAGAAACAAGCAACUGUAUAUCUUGUGCUCACCUAAAUAUUACUGGAGGAUAAGCCACAUCAGUCUACAAAGAGGUUUUCAUACAAGCAGAGUAAAAUGUAAAUUGGCCAAAAGUGAAGCACAUUCUAGUAAACACUGCUACUCUUCAGGCAACCAUGCUUUCCAUAUUGGAAUUUUGAAACUUAGCACUUCUGCUCCCAAAGGACUUACAAAAGUGAACAUUCGUAUGUCCCGUAUUAAAAGUACUUUGAACUCUGUUUCAAAGGCUGUUUUUGGCAAUGGGAAUGAAAUGAUCUCACGUUUAGCUCAAAUUAAGCCAAGUUCAGGAAUAUUAAGAAAAGUAUCAGAUAGUGGAUGGUUGAAGCAAAAAAAUGUUGAAAGAACAACUGAGUCUCUGAAAAAAUAUACGGAGCAGUCCACAGAAAAAAGUCCUUUUCCAGAGAAGAAAAGUCCUGCUAUUGAUAAAGACGACGAUAUUGGUAAACAUAGCCUUUUUCAUUAUACAAAUAGUUUAACUACAAAAUUUGGAGAAUCAUUCUAUUUUUUAUCAAAUCAUAUAAAUUCAUACUUCAAACGUCAGUGGAACAUGUCUGAAAAGAAGGAAAAUAAGAACUCCCAGAACAAAUUAGAACUUCAAGAUACAAAAGUUGACAAGAAAUCCAGUCCUCCAGUCCACAAAGUCUUGACUGAAAGGAAGCUUGACUCACAAUCUUUACAUACCAUGGACACGCCUGAAAGUGCCAACAGGGUCCCUGAGGUGCCUCCAGUCUCUACUAAACAGAGCAUUGCCAACUUCCUUUCUCGUCCCACUGAAGGUGUGCAAGCUUUUGUUGGUGGUUAUAUUGGUGGACUCGUCCCCAAAUUAAAAUAUGAUUCAAAGAAUCAGUCAGAGGUACAGGAAGAAAGUGUUAAAGUGGAGCAGGCUGCCAGCAAAGAGAAAAGUACAGAAGAGAAAAAGCAUUUAUCUCUUCAACGCGAAAAGAUUAUUGCAAGAGUGAGUAUUGAUAAUAGAACCAGGGCAUUGGUUCGGUCAUUGAGAAGAACAACUGACCCCAAACUCUGCAUUAACAGGGUUGAAGAACUUACCUUUCAUCUUCUAGAAUUUCCUGAAGGAAAAGGAGUGGCUGUCAAGGAAAAAAUUAUUCCGUAUUUAUUACGAUUGAGACAAAUUAGAGAUGAAACUCUUCAGGCUGCAGUUAGAGAAAUUUUGGCCUUAAUUGGCUAUGUGGAUCCAGUGAAAGGAAGAGGAAUACGAAUUCUAACAAUUGAUGGUGGAGGAACAAGGGGUUUGGUCGCUCUUCAGACGCUGCGGAAAUUAGUUGAACUUACUCAGAAGCCGGUUCAUCAGCUCUUUGACUACAUUUGUGGUGUAAGCACAGGUGCCAUAUUAGCAUUCAUGCUGGGAUUGUUUCAUAUGCCCUUGGAUCAAUGUGAAGAACUAUAUCGAAAAUUAGGAUCAGAUGUGUUUUCACAGAAUGUCAUUGUUGGAACAGUCAAAAUGAGUUGGAGCCAUGCAUUUUAUGACAGUCAAACAUGGGAAAAUAUUCUUAAGGAUAGAAUGGGUUCCUCAUUAAUGAUCGAAACUGCAAGAAACCCCACAUGUCCCAAGGUUGCUGCAGUAAGUACCGUGGUAAACAGAGGAAUAACUCCAAAAGCUUUUGUGUUCAGAAACUAUGGACAUUUUCCUGGAAUCAACUCUCACUAUAUGGGAGGCUGUCACUAUAAAAUGUGGCAGGCCAUUAGAGCCUCAUCCGCUGCUCCAGGCUACUUUGCAGAGUAUGCAUUGGGAAAUGAUCUUCACCAGGAUGGAGGUUUGCUUCUGAAUAACCCUUCAGCAUUAGCAAUGCACGAAUGUAAAUGUCUCUGGCCUGAUGUGCCAUUAGAGUGCAUAGUCUCCCUGGGCACUGGACGCUAUGAGAGCGAUGUGAGAAACAAUGUGACACAUACAAGCCUGAAAACCAAACUGGCCAAUGUCAUCAACAGUGCAACAGAUACUGAAGAAGUCCACGUAAUGCUUGAUGGUCUGUUACCUCCUGAUACCUAUUUUAGAUUUAAUCCUGUAAUGUGUGAAAAUAUACCUCUAGAUGAGAGUCGAAAUGAAAAACUGGAUCAGCUGCAAUUGGAAGGGUCAAAGUACAUAGAAAGAAACGAAGAAAAAAUGAAAAAACUUGCAAAAAUAUUAAGCCAAGAAAAAACAACUCUACAGAAAAUAAAUGAUUGGAUAAAACUCAAAGCUGACAUGUAUGAAGGUCUGCCAUUUUUUUCAAAAUUGUGAUGAGUUUGUGUACACAUUAUCAUAAGUGAGGUCAUGGUCAGGAGGUCCACCAAAUUCUGUGAGGAUUUAUGGUUCAGCAUGAUUUCCUUUGAAAUGCUUUUGAAUUCUGGGGAAUCCUGAAACAGGCAAUACUUGUUUCAGCUUGCAUAUCACAGAGGGAAUGUUGGAUUAUAGAAUUCAUUUUGGAAUUAGAUUUUUAUGAUGUUUAAUAAAUACACUGCAGGAAUCAUCAUUGUAUUAGUUGGUUUUAGUAGAUAUUGAUAGUUUGAUGUUUGAAAAUAUACUAAUAUUUGUGCCAAAUAAGAACUGAGAAUAUCACAUACUUUGUAUUUUUGCUUUAAUCACCACCAUCAUCAUGUUGAAAAUAUUUUGUCAUUGGUUUUCUUAUGAAAACCCAUGAUUGGAAAAGUUAAUUUCUUCUUCAUGUAAAUCAUUUAAUUUUUUUCACAUUUUUAAAUCUAAAUGUUCCUUUUAACUUCUGUAUCCAAACAUAUAGAAAAAAUAGAAAUUUUUUGUCAAUGAACUUUCACGUUUGAAAUCUGAAUGAACCAAUUAUACUUUUCUAUUAAAAUCUUCUUAUUGUAACAUUGUUUAUUCAAACAAGUAACUGUCAAACUUCAUUUGCCCCUGGAAUUUCAAAAUAGUGUAAAUUGACUUUUUAAUGCUCUCAUAUAUAAUUCUGUGUUGUAAAAUUAAUUGAAUUUACUGAGAAAAUAUCCUUAUCAUUAACAAAUAAAAUAUUGAAAUCUAUUGUUAAAAGCUAAUGAGUUUAAAAUUGUUCACAAUGUAGCUAAUGUUUUCUUUGUAGAAUGUUUUUUUUUUUUUUUAUGCUUUCUUUAUUUGAUUCCCAGCAUGGGGCAGGGAAGUGAAGGGAGAGAAAAAACAUAUCUUGUUUAACCACACUACUUUAACUUCUCUGAAUUUCACAGAAUCUAGUAACAUAUACAACUAAUAUGAAUCAGUCUUUGUGCCAGUGUUUCUCAGCUGGGGACUAUAUGAAUAUCCAGGAUAGUCAAAGGAAGCCCACAAGUGAAAAAACACAUAUAUGGAAUUGCCAUAUAUGUGCUAGAGAAUGAUGAUGCCAACUUGUAGGACAGACCCACAGAAACAACACAAGGUCACAGGGGCCCAUAGUUGGAAAAGUCUGAGAAACACUGCUAUCUGCCAACCAGAUUCAUCUUUGUUAUGUUACCUGUUUGCUAUGUAAAUCCUUGUGAUUUAUCAGAAUUAUGUGUGUUGUGGAGGUGAAGUAACCAUUACUUUGUGCAAAUAAUAAAGCCAGAUCCUGUUGCAUGGA